AACUUAUGCAGAACGUUUGCUGACCGAGAUUUCAUCACACGGAUCGAUAUCCGAGUCGGCUCUAUCUUUCCAAGCCGCAUAGCCGUCUUUGCUGGAAGUAGAAAUACUACGGCUUCCCUCGACUCUCUUCCUCUCCUCGGGAUUGUCUCUGUGUUUUUCUUCUCUCUUUGUACUAUUACAAGUCGACAAAAUGGCCGAAUCCACCGGUAUGCACUCGAUACCUAACGAGAUCCUCAUCUCCCUCCUCUCCACCUUCCGCACCCUCGAACUCCUCCCCAUGACCCUCGUGUCGCACCGCUUCCACUCCCUCAUCGUCCGGAUCCUCCACCACCGCCUCCUCGAAACAGCACAACUCAAAGACCACAAGCUGAUUCUAGAGUGUUUCCACCCCUCCACCAAACUCUCCACUCCCUACCUAUUCUGCGACUUCCUGGGCACACAUCCACUCAACUCUUCAUCCUCCUGCUCCAAUGAAGAGUUCCUCUCACAGACAGAGGGAUAUGCCAUUGGUCAACUGGGGAAGCUGAAAUCUCUGUACUCGCACUUCCUUCCCCUGAAACCAGACAGUGAUAAGAAGGUUGUUCGGUCCCAUCCAGCCGGCGGAUCAUUCUCCAUCCCCAACGGCCUAGUCGAUGAACACGACCAGUUCGUAUGCCAAAACAUACACCUGGAAUCGCAUGAGCCAUUCUCCCAAUUACAGACGAUCACUAGUCUCGUCAAAGUCGGGCCAAAGCGAGGACUUUUUCUCAGCUCCGUCAACAUCGGGGAUAGCAUACUGCGGAUCUGGAGGGAGUGGCUUGCGGAGCGGGCGAGGGCUGGAAUUUCGGCGGAUGAUGGAGAGGGUAGUGAGGAGACCGUGAGGCGGAGGUGUGAGGGGUUGCGUUGGGUGGAUAAUAGUGAGACGGUGGGGUUGAGGUUGAGGGUUGUGGAGAGGGAGGAGGAUGCGCCGGUGUUGGUGGGGAGGGAUGAGGAUCCGGCUGUGAGCUACACGCUGCAGUAUGAGGAAUUGGUCAUCAAGACCACCCAGCUUUUACUCCUGGUCGAGCAGAGUAUCGAUCAGGAGGUAAAUCAUUCAGGUAAAGCCGUUGUGAUAGGAUCGUGGGAUCGAUGAUUCCAGCCACGACAUAAACGAAGCAGAAAUGUGAUAUGUAACGAUGAAAUGUACUUGCGCUUACGAUGUGUAGGACAGAGCUGUGGAUUAGAUGGCGUGUAUGUUGUGAAUCCUUUGGAAGGCGUUUACCAUGGAUCAUUAUUACCCUUGAAUUGGCAGCGGUUGACGGAGUUAUUUUCGGAGCGCAUGUAGGAAGCCUUAUUUGCUGGAGUAAAGGGUUUCAUUCAGUGGCAUCUUGAAAGCCUUCAAAUUGAAUUACACGUUGUACGGAAUGUAAUUCCCAACAAGAUACUCUUUCUGCCGACACAUUUUGCCGGUCUGGACCCUCCAUUUAUCAACUCUUAUGGGAUGUAUUCGUUGCACCAUAUGAUGUCUGAUCCAAGAUGAAAACUUCUAGGUUCUUGGAAAAGAAGUCAAGAGCAGUCAUUCCAUUACAAUUUUUUCCAUAAAGUUUCCUGUCACCAGAAUGAUUGUCGGGAUUUUCCUAGAAUCAGGUUGGCUCGGUUGGGUCUCAUCUCACCGGCUAGCAGUUGCACUGGUUUACGAAGUUAGGCAUACGAAGCCUUAGCGAGGACUUCCCGUGUUUGGCAGUACCAACAACCAGGAAACUCCUUGGCCCACUGCG